AAGUUUAUCAGGGUGGGGGUGGGGUCACUCGUACCAAAGAGGCUCAGUCUGGGGGAUUAUCAUUGUGCUACUGUAUAACACACACAUACAUAUACACACACCAAACAUACACACACUCCAAACCCUACUGUUCAGGCUGAAUUUGAGAGGAUAGCAAGAGUGUAUAAGCAUGAUCAAACACUAACCCUAACCCCUACACACACACAUACACACAUGCACACAUGGACGCACACACACACACACAAUCUCAGAUCAAGGCUUUAAGCGAUGUUGUAAACAUCAGCAUGCCCUACAUUGGCAGACACCACCCAGAGAGAGAGAGAGGAAGGGUGAAAAAGGAGGACAAAGGAGAGAUAGAUAAUAUCAACAUUUCAUAACCUCACCAUGGACUCCAUCUGCACUGGGAUUCUACUCUUUCUGAUCUGGAUGUGAUUCCGUUAGAGGUAAAGAGGAGAGGAAGAGAAUUGAUCUCUGCUGUACUUUUUAUCAUCCUGGUGCGAGGCUGACGGGAGAGGACAGAAGAGGAGAGCUCAGUGUGGGUUCUACUGUGUGUGUGACGAAACUGGAACAGUGGAUGGAGCAGUGGAGAUGAGAUCCGAGCAGACACUAGCCAGUGGAACACGCAGAUAAAGAAAGAGAGAGAGAGAGAGAGAGAGCCGACGGUCACUCGAAUGGAGGAAGAAGAUAUUGUCUGUCAGACAGUGAAAGAGAGGAGGAGGAGGAGGAGGUCUGGAGCGGAGGAAGGGUCACCCAGUGUGAAGAAUCUUUAUGACAACUCCUCACCCCACAGAGUUUCCAAUGAUGACCGUAGCUCUGCUGCGAGUGGCGUGGACGUGGCGGACCGCCUGACGUACCUGGAGCAGAGGAUGCAGAUGCAGGAGGAUGAGAUUCAGCUGCUGAAGAUGGCUCUGGCCGAUGUCCUCAAGAGACUCAACAUCUCAGAGGAACACCAGGCCGCCAACACCAAGAAAGGACCUGCUGGCAAAGCAGCUAGGCCUGUGUCUCUGGCCCUGCCAUCCAGACCAUCAAUGAACAGCCCUGCCUCUUUGAAGAAGAGUUACACAACCUCCACACUGCCCUCUACAUCCACCGCACGGAACUACAGCCCCUUACCACCAGCAUCAGCCAAGAGUGGUGUGAAGAGUCCAGUAGGCAGUGUGAAGGAGAGUCCAUGUAUCUCUAAAACGGCUCGGCCUGGCCCCCGACCUGGCCCCCCGGGGUCCACAGCCCCCGGCAGUAAGAAAGCUGAAAGCAAAACCAAGGAGCCUGCAGCCAGUGUAGGGUCCAGGCAGGUGACUCACUGUAAAGUGACUAUGCAGAUCUAUCUGAACCCCAUAACAAGAAGGACUGGGUCUUCUGAAGCGGCCAAAUCAGCCCCCACGGUCCCCAACUCUAGACCCACCAGAACCCCCACCCCUCCUCAGACCAAAGGAGGCCCCCCCACCUCAGACCGAACUAAGCGCGAGACAUGCAAAACACCCCCCGCCUUCACCCUCCCCCUGCAGAAAAGCACCAAUCAGAAUACGUAUUCUUCUAUGGAAAUGUCCAAUUACAAAAGCCCCCUCAAAUCACCAAGCCAGUACUUCCAAAUCUGUUACUAAGGCAAUAGGGUAUUGUUUCAUCCUCCUAAAGGUUAAGGUUAGGAUUGAGGGAGGGUAAUCUGAUUCUAGAUCUGUGGUUAAGGGAAACUUCUACGUCAAGCUGUUACAAGUGUAGUAGGCCUGUAAGCGAACUCGGUUUUCAUGAUGUUUGAAAAAUGUUUGGGUUUCUAGCAAUGUGAGGGAAUUAGAAGUAGAGCUUGUCUUCAGUAAUGUUUGAGAUUGACUGAUAGUUACAAAGUUUUGGUUUUUGAGGUGCUUUGUUUCACCAGCAGUAAAGGGAAUAGUGAGUUUGUUUGUUUUGUUGCAUUUCCUAGCACCAUCCGUGACCAUAGUCCUCUUAACUUUUUCCUCUGUUUAAAUUCUUACAUAUUUCUGUCUGUCAACUGAAAGCCUGUGUUUUUUUUCUCCUGUUUCUUUCCGUUUUAAUAUCUCCAUUUUGUGUGUGUGCUUUGUAGUUUUACUUCAGUAAAAUAUGAAUAAUCUCCCUGACUUUGGGGAUGUAUGAGUGAAUUCUCUUAUUUGAUUUAUGAGUGUAUUUGUCUGUCUCUGUUGACAGCCAUUAAACAUUUCAGUCAUCA